CAUAAGACAAGUGCAUCAUUCAUGAUGCACUUGCAUCAUGCUUUUUUCUAUGAUUAAGCGUCGUAAGAUAAAGAAGAGAAGAUUUUGCAUUCUCGAAGCGCUUUAAAUUUAUUUAAAAAAUUUCAGAUAUUUUUGUGCAACAGAAAGUUCAAUUUUAAUAGAAAAUGGGGAAGACUUCGAAGGAUAAACGCGAUAUAUAUUACAGAAAAGCGAAAGAAGAAGGAUGGCGAGCCCGGAGUGCUUUCAAGCUGCUCCAAAUUGAUUCGGAGUGUCAUAUUUUUGAUGGAGUAUCCAAAGCAGUGGAUCUGUGCGCUGCACCUGGAAGCUGGAGUCAGGUCUUAGCUCGCAAGCUAACAGAGAAUUAUAAGAAGGCCUUAGAAAAUGGUCCUGCAUCUAAACCAAAAAUUGUCGCAGUUGAUUUACAAGCAAUGGCACCCUUGGAAGGAGUUAUUCAACUACAAGGUGACAUUACUAACAGCAGUACAGCAGAACAGAUCAUUGCACACUUUGAUAACUCUCGUGCAGACUUAGUUGUGUGUGAUGGAGCACCUGAUGUGACCGGUUUACAUGAUAUGGAUAUAUUUAUCCAAUCACAGCUGCUACUGGCUGCUUUGAACAUAGCUACAUACAUCCUGAGACCUGGAGGAACAUUUGUCGCAAAGAUCUUUCGUGCCAAGGAUGUGUCGCUUUUGUAUGCUCAACUAAGAAUAUUUUUCCCUUAUGUCUAUUGCACGAAACCCAGCAGUUCCCGCAACUCGAGCAUUGAGGCGUUUGUAGUCUGUAAAGAUUACAGUCAGCCAGAAGGUUAUGAACCAAAUAUGUUGAAUCCUUGGAUGCUGGAGGAGUCAUGGGAUUUCGAUAAAUUGACAGGAGUGAAUAGGACCAUCGUUCCGUUCAUUGUAUGUGGAGAUCUCAACCAGCCCGAUUCCGAUAUGAGCUAUCCACUAAAUUAUGACGGUAAGGAGUACAAGUACCACGAACCAGUGCAAGCCCCCAUAGCACCGCCUUACGCGGAAGCAUUAUUAAUGAAUAGGAAAAGAGCUGAGAAAAGUGCUUCUACUUCCAAUGAAAACAACGUUGAUGUCGACUUGAGUGCGUUGGACGUCAAAGCGGCGAUAGAAUGCAAAAAUGAAUCAUUAAUAUCCGAAAUAAAAUUGAUUUCUGCAAAUAAUGACUUUGGCAAUGAGCCGAACAUAUCAACGAAAGUUAUGCAGGAUGAAAGUAGCGAAGAGGAAAUAGUCAUCGGAUUACAAAACUUAUAUCAGCUUGAUACUUCUGAUCACAACACCGAUUUCAGCGAGAAUAAUGGCGAAGCAAACAAAUGCACAGAUGAGACAUCUGAAGUGUUGAGCGCUUCUAGUGUUUCUAGUGUUUCAGAUAAUGACUGAUCCGAAUUUAAUGAAAACUUAGAUUUAAU